AUGACCCCUUCUCUAGAAGGCACCUCAAGACAAUCAAUACUGGGUACUUCCGCACCUUCACCAUCACAUAUUCAACCCUUCAGAGAUGAUCCCCCGCCAUCUAAGAGCCAGCCAUUAGGGCCCCGCACCACUGGGGUAGGGACACCAACAGGAACACCACAUUAUGGUUCGGCUUUUCCUGGUCAGAUUGAUGAACACCCAAGGCAAGCACAAACUACAGACUCAGCCAUUGCAGAUCUUUUGCAACGGGUCCAGGGCCUGGAACAGUCUUCGGCACAAAAGCCUGUGCAUGGCUUGUCCGAGACGGGUCGGGAAAUAUUUGACCGCUCGUCCCAGCCAGAAGAUCUUCAGUGGAUUUUCACAAAAACUAGAGUUAUGAGAUGGAGUUUGUGGAUGAGCACAGCUAAAGAGUUUGAGCCUUUUUUGGCAUUUUAUAGUGAGGCUACUGGAAAAGUGCAAACACACAGCGAGAAGAAGCAAGACCUGGAGGCCUAG